CGCCUUGAAACCCUUCACUUGACUUGAGAGUUGAGAUCUCGAGGCCAGCCUUUGGACUUGGCCUCCAAAACUGACAAGUGUUUGCGGCCUUUCCUUCCUCCGCCAUUUUCUCUGGUAAACCAACCCCUCAUAGCAUUUGGCUAUUGGGUUCAAUACAAAGCACUUGAGAGAGGAGAUUUUGGGUUUGUUUUGUAUGCGCUUGAAGGUGUGAAAGCUGGCCUUUUCAAAUAUAUUGCAUUGCCCACCACAAUCACAGGAGGGUCGGCUAUAUUCAACAAUAUCACUCUUGCUUUGCAUUCAAACCGAGCUGGAGGGAGUGUUAGAAUAUAGUGUUUUUUUUAUGUGGAAUAUUGGUCUUAAGUGAGAGACAUGCUGAGCUCUGAUGAUGGUGAAAAUGAUGUGUUCUUCGACUCGGUGGACUUGUCAUCUCAAGAGUCAAUUGUAGCAAAAGAGGAACCGGGGUGUAGUAAGUUGGAGUAUGAAAUUUGGAUGAAUGAGCCACCAAGUGUUAAGGAAAGACGGGAGAGUUUUCUACGAAAGAUGGGUUUAGCUGAGUUUGAUUCUGCAAAGUGUGGUUCUGUGGAGAUGGAAAUGGAAUCUGGUGCCUCAUCAAAGAUGAUGGGAUUGCAAAGACUUUUGGAAUGCAGUAGAGCUGCCUCAAGCUCUUGCAUCUCUUCUUCUAGUUAUAUUGAAGAAAAUUUGGGUUGUUGUAGCAGGGAAGGGGACAAUCAAGCAAAUCUUAUGCAGAAUGAAUUAGAUAGAAACCUACAAGAUAAGUUGAAUUUAGUCUCCAUCCAGGAGGCUGUUCGUAUUAUUUCACCUUCUGCUACAGAUUCUUCCCAGAGAGAAGUUGAGGCUCCAGUAGAAGAAUGUGGGAAUUCACAUGAGGGUAGAAAGAAGAAGGAAAGUUGGUGGAAACAGUUUAUAAACAAGGCAAAGAGAAGAGGAGGGAAAGUUGUAUUUGAGGGAUCAAAACCAGAUACUGAAAUACUCAAACAAAAUAGGAUGAAGGUCCAGCAGAACAGUAAGAGGUGUAUGGAGUUCGCUGCAUUAUGCAACGGGCAAGAAAUUCAUGCGCACAAGGGGUUUAUAGGGGCUAUGAAGUUUAGUCCUGAUGGCCAAUAUCUUGCAACUGGUGGUGACGAUGGGGUUGUACGCCUUUGGUGUGUUACAUUAACAGAUGCCUCUUGUAAUUACUUACCAGCUGAAGGCAACUUUGAUAGCAAAACUAAAAAGAUCAAGUCUGGUUAUCGAGUGAUCUUUCCUGAUAAGGGUUUUCGAAUUGAAGAGUCACCGCUGCAAGAGUUCCAUGGCCAUUCGAGUGAUGUGUUAGAUCUUGCUUGGUCAAAUUCAAAUUGUCUUCUUUCUUCUUCAAUGGAUAAAACUGUUCGUCUGUGGGAAGUUGGUUGCAGUCAGUGCCUAAAUGUUUUCCAUCACAAUGAUUACGUGACAUGCAUUCAGUUCAACCCUCUCAAUGACAAUUACUUCAUAAGUGGAUCAAUUGAUGGAAAAGUUCGAGUUUGGGGCCUUUUUGAGAAGCGAGUUGUUGAUUGGGCUGAUGUGCGAGAUGUUAUAACUGCUAUAUGCUAUCAACCAGAUGGGAAAGGGUUUGUAGUUGGUUCCGUCACAGGCACUUGCCACUUCUAUGAAGUAUCAGGGGAAUAUCUUCAACUGGCUGUGCAAAUGCAUGUUCAUGGUAGAACUAAAACCUCUGGCAACCAAAUCACUGGCAUCCAGUUUUCCCAGGAAAAGUUGCAAAGAGUUAUGAUAACAUCAGAAGACUCGAAAAUCCGUAUAUUUGAGGGAGUAGAACUUAUAAAGAAAUACAAAGGUCUUCCAAAGUCAGGAUGUCAGAUGUCAACUUCUUUCACAUCUAAUGGGAAACAUAUAAUCUCAGUUGGAGAGGACUCGCAUGUUUAUUUAUGGGACUAUGAUGGCUUUUGUGUCUCAUCCUCCAAACAAAUAAGAUCUGUUAAAUCCUGUGAGUAUUUCUUCUGUGAAGGAGUGUCUGUUGCAGUACCUUGGUCAGGCAUGAGACCUGAACAAAAGAGCCUAGAAACUGCUAGUGGGCGAUGUUGCUCACAAAGACAAGGCCAUCUAGAGCCUGCUUAUGGAAGCAGAGAUGCAGAACGUUUUUCCCUUGGAAGUUGGUUAUUCUCAAAUGGUCCGUGCAGGGGCUCUGCAACUUGGCCUGAGGAGGAACUUCCCCCAUGGGCUCUGCAACAUAGAGAUCAUCAGCAGCACCACCACAAUCACCUUGCUAGACCAGAUACAUGGGGGCUUGUCAUUGUAACUGCUGGAUGUGAUGGAACAAUCAGGACAUUCCAUAACUAUGGAUUGCCCGUCAGGCUCUAACUCAAAGUUCAUUUCGAUCACCCUGCACUGGCUCAUCACAGUUGAAGUCUAUGUUAUAAAAUGAUGCCCUUCAUUUCUGGGGCAUCUUGCAAUGAAUCCUUGGCUCAUUAAAUAGGCAAGAAGAAUCAGCAGUGGAGAGCCUGCGUCCUGCUAUUUUUAGUAUGAUAAAGAUUUUAGUAGAAUAGGAAAUCUUUUGAAGGAUUUAUUAGUCUGUACAUUUUUAUGUGAAUAAUAAUUGAUUUAGUGAUUUCGUAGGUAAGAAAUACAAUUGGAUAAUUGGGUCAA